AUGUUGGUUAUCAUUGCAGUGGUGAAACGUCAACGCUAUGACAAUCACUCCCUUAGAUUUAUUUCUCUUAGCGAGAUCAAAGAAUAUGAGGCACUGAUAGCAAAACUAAAGAAGCAGUGCAAUCUUCAACAAGUAAAGGAAUCCGACGUUGGAAAUACAGUUGCUGCUUUAGGUGUCGAAUACGAAAACAAGUUGCAAACAGCUAUUGCUGAUUUGCAACGUCGACAUGCAGAUGAGAUAAAGAUGAUGAAGGCAGGUAUGAAGUCAAUAGAUGUUAUAGACGGGGGUAAGAAAAAAGAUUUGCGUGCGGAACAGAGCGGUAUGGCGGCUAAAAUGAGCGAAUAUGAAACUGAGGUAGCAAAUUUGAAAAGAAAAAUUAAGCUUCUAGAAUCCGAGUUGGAGGAUAGUGAAAACAAACGUGCAACUGAAGGUGAUAAUUACCGGACCGAAAUUAUUAAUUUGCGUAUGGAGUUGGAAGCAAUGUUGAAGGAAUUGCAAGACCUGAUGGAUGCUAAACUGUCUCUUGAACUGGAAAUUUCAGCAUAUCGCGCACUUCUUGAAGGAGAAGAGAGCAGGUAA